AACAGGAAGGCCACGUACGACGGCAUCGGGAUGCCUUGAGGCUUUAAUGCGGUUCGGGAAUGAAUGCUCUCCGAGAUCUCCGCCAGCUGCAGGCAUGGCAGCGCCGCUGCUGAGCGCUCUCAUCUGGUCCCUCGUCAUCUGCCGCUGUGCAGACGCCUACCUCUCCCCUCUCCCUCAGAUCAUGAUGCCGCGACUCAUCCCGCGACGACCCGCCUCGCUGACUGUCCUCCAGCAGCAGCAGCCGCCUGUGAAUGAACCAGGUGACAACUGGCUGGCCGACAGGGAGACGGUCGUCAAGGCGGCGCUGAUCCGUGACAUUAUCGACCAUUAUGAGGCGGCGAGUGAGCUGGAUCCGUUUGACACUUCGCCGAUCCAGAAGGAGCUGCAGCUCUUCACCAAGGGCAAGCUGUACGAGAGCGUCAUGAUCAAGGCCCAGGACAACCAGCGCACCAAGCCGCGGCGGCUCGAGAAGCUCAAGCAGAUCGACAAGAGGAUACUGCGGUAUAUCAAACCCAUCCGCAGCAGGAACGCCAGGAUGAAGGUCGAGCGCAUCAUCAGGGCGCUCCAGGCAAGCAGGGACACACACACACACACACAUAUAUAUGUGUGACGUGUGUGUCUAUGUGUGUGUAUGCGUGUGUGCAGGAGGGUGCGGGCAGCGUCGAUCUGGAGCUGGAGCGGAUGAUGGAGGCGGGGGCGUUCGACUCGAACCUGAUAGACUACCUGGACGAGACCAUCCAGCGGGCCAGCGGCCUCAGCGGCAACGAACAACACGACGCACUCACCGCCGCAUUCCUCAAAAACAUCAAACUCAGGUACGUGUGUGCGUACGUGUGAAUGUGUGUAAUGGGUGCAGGUGCGCACAGCCAGCCAGACAGAAAGAAAGACAGACAUCACUCAACGACGGCGGGCGGGCGGGCGGGCGGGAGGGAGGGAGGGAGGGGAGACCAUCUGCUUGCUUUUCUGGGCAAAUGUCAUCCAUAUGUGUGCGCAGGAUCUUGGCAGAAGUGCAGAUGACUGGGAAGGGCAAUGAGCGAUACGUGCGCACACUGGCGUUCGGCAAAAAGGUCAGUCAGGACGACGGAACGGGACGGGAGAAAGAAGAACACCAAUGUGAUGUGAUCUUGUGUGUGGUCGGUGCAGAUUGACAACAAGCACCAGAGGAGGGAAUUCAUGCAGGUAAACGAACGAACACCGGCACCGGCAAAGGCUUGCUUGAUUGCGGCUUCGAUUGGCCGCCUGUCUGUCUGUCUGUCUAUCUAUGUCGCUGUGUGCGGUGUGUGUAUUCCGUCCCCCUCAGCAAUCGAUCGGCAGGAUAGAGGGCCUGGAGGAGUUCAAACAAUUCCUCCAGGAGGCCAUCCAAUACAACGGUCAGUCAGUCAUGGAUGGAUGGAUGGAGGGAGGGAGGGAGGGAGGGCGAACUACCUGACAACACACACACACAAACGCCUGUCUGUCUUUCUGUCUGUCUGUGUGUCCAUCGAUCAGAGCACAGCGACAAGCCCAUCUUCAGCGACUCAGAGGUAUCGCGGAUCCGGGAGAUGAUAGCCGACUGCGACCUCAUCAACCCCCUCAUCACCAAGCCGCGCGUCGACUUCCCCGGCAUGCACGGCGCAGACAACCCUCUCAACGAGGCAGAGGACAGGCCCUACUCGUUCCCAAGACCAGCACCGCGGCAAGCCGCCGGCUGAGAGAGUGAGGGAGUGAGCCAGCGACACAGCCAGAGAAGGACGGAGCGAGACAGGGGAGGGAGGGAGGGAGGGAUGCGUAGUCAUGAGGCUGCAUGUGUGUGUCGAUAAGCAAGGUGGAUGUAUGCUUUUAAGGGUCGGCGGCAAACUGGCAAGAUGCUGGUGUGACGUCAAAUGAUAUUUUGCGGGUGGGUACGCAAUGCGGGUUCAAAACCCUACAACCUGACAAACCUCAACCAACACCUUCAAACCCCAACCCAGACGAUUUGAACCCAAGGCGCUGAGCUCGCAGAUCCCAAGGCAGAUCUCGAGGCAUCCUCAGCCUUGUUUUCUUUUGGCUGAGGAUGCCAUCGGCUUCCCCUUCCUCUGGGGGUCAUGUUGGUCCUCGUCCGGUCCUCGUCCGUGCCCAUUUGGCUGUGGUUGGCGUCUCCGAUCUUUCCUCGUGAUGCUGCCCGCCGCAGCUCAUCAUACCGCUCAGCCUUAUUGGCUCUUCCUCUGGCGUCCUUCUCGCCCCCCCGGCACGCUCUCCCACAUCCCCCCGAGCCUCAAUUGGGUCUCCAUCGUGAAGAUCUGCUUGACGACGCCGUCUCAGCGGACCGACGUGACGAGAACUGCCCUCGCUCCUGCCUGGGACAUGCGGCUUCCCCCCCGUCCCCGUUCGUCAGGGUGUGCUGAACCGCUGGUGUUGCCGUGGUGAAGCUGCAAUGAUGCUUGCGUAGGGAUGGGAGGGCAUCUGCUUUAUUGCAUGGUUCGCUUGUUGCACUGGCACCGUGAUCAUGAUGUGCUCUGUGUGGUGUGGGUGGAGGCGGUCUGUCAUGUCUUGUCAUUUGGAUGGUCUCUGUGUCUGAGGUAGCCAUCACGUGAGGUCGCACGCCGCCAUGUCUUUUCUUUUGCGUGCACAUGAUUACGCGUGUGGUUAUACUUCGGCGUGCCUCUGUGUAUUGAGACCAGACUCCUGUCAUUCAUGGUGCUGCCUCUGUCCGUCUGUGGGACCCUUCUUGCCUCUGUCUGUCUAGCUUGCUUCCCCCGCCUUCCCCCUGCCUUUCAUGUCCUCGUGCUCAUCAUCUUCGUUUGAGUGCUUGGUGGUGGGGGUGAAGCGGCUGGUGAUGUCUUGUCAUUGGUGUGGUCU